CCAAUAUCCCAGUGUAGGAGAACCAGCAGAGGCAAGAGAACUAAUGGGAACCAUGGGAAUACCACUACCCAACUGCGUUUGGGAACCGUUAUGUUGAACGUAUUCUACUUGUCCGACUGAGGGACUGGAUUCUGGGUAGCUAAAAGACAAAUGGUAAAAAAACUAGUAAAGUAGGACUUUCCUGUGAAAGCACAGCGCACAGCGACUCCUGAUCGUCACCCCUUCAGCCGACCUCUUCCCGAGUCGGAUGGCUCUGAAUGACAAGAUGCAGUAAUGGCAGUCCAUGCGCAAUUUAGCACCGUAGCCAUGAAGCAGCUCAAAGGGUAGGGUCUGCCGUGAGCGUGCCUCACCCUACCCAACCACCCGUUCAUCCACCACCCCAUCAGCUCCACCUGAGAGCAGAGUCCCACGCUGAAGCAUAAUCCUGCAGCCCCACCCAUCUCCUCAACCCUCCCACCACCACCACCUCCACCACGGCUUUGGAAGACGAACAUGACGUGCAUUGCGAAGACACUGGUUGAUGUCUGAUAUAUAUACCUCUGAGGUGUCGAGCGUAAAACCAGUGGAGCAAUGAAUGGAGGAAAGGACUGUGAGGCGGGAGAUGAGAGGCAGGCCGUCCCUGUCCAGGUCCCCAUUGGCUGGCAGCGUAAGGCGGAGCACAGCGGAGGGGUCAUAUACAUAAGUCCCAGUGGCUCAGUGCUGUCCAGCUUGGAGCAGGUGAAGACCUACCUGCUGACAGAUGGAACCUGCAAAUGCGGCCUAGAGUGCCCACUCAUCCUCCACAAGGUGUUCAACUUCGACCCAGGGGCAGCUGUCAAGCAGAGGACAGCGGAGGAUGUGAAAGCAGAUGAAGACGUCACCAAACUCUGCAUUCACAAGAGGAAACUUCUGGCUGUGGCCACGCUGCACAAGAGCAUGGAGACGCACCCACCUCUGACGCUGACCAGCCCAGGGGGAGGUACGUCAUCUGUGGUUGCCGUGCAUUCCACGAAUCAACGAGCAAUAAGGACUAAACCCCACGAUGGCCUGCCCAAUGCUGUUGGGCCCGACUGCAAGAGUCCUUUCAAGAUGAUGAUGGCAGCUGGACAACAGCAGCAGAGGCUGUAUCCGCCCCAGGAGAUGGGUGGAGCCCACCAGCCCGAUCUCUACUCUGGGUACCCCAGGGCACAGAGGCUGGGCAGUGGGGAGCCAGGCCCGAAAUCUCCUUACCGAGCUGGGUAUGGAGGCAUGCUGAGCCCACCUCCCUCCAGUGCUAAGCUGUAUGGAGAUGGCUCACAGUCUCCCAGUGCAGACACUCUGGCCAGCCCUGAGGGCUUUCCAAGGACCAAUCCUUGUGGUUUUCCAGGAGCUGGCAGUCCCGGCUCAGCCUCCAUCCAUGGGAAUACUAGGACGCCUCUUUCCCCACCCAGUGUGAUGCUCCAUGGCUCCCCUGCGGGCCAGCCAUCCUGCGCCAUGACAGGGAGGACUAGCACGCCCCUCUCCCCGACGGCCACUGCCAAAAGCCCUGUCAUGAACAUGAACAUGCCACGGGGGAACUUCCCCCCUGGUAUGGAUAUGCCCCGUGCAGCAUUUCACCAUAAAACACAGCCCCCUGUUCAUCCUGUGCCACCCCCUCCAUCUAUACCACCAUCCUGUGCCCUUCAGAAAAGGCAGUUGACCUCCGAAAAAGACCCCUUAGGCAUCCUGGACCCCAUCCCCAGCAAACCAGUUAGCCAGCCACCCGCCAAUGCCCCAAACCCCUCCAACUUCCAGCCUAACAUCCACUCUCAGGUACCAAUGAUGAAUGUAAACAUACCCCCUCCCGCCAUUGUUCCCUUGCCAAGCAACUUACCUUUACCCACAGUGAAGCCUGGGCCUGUGGGGCAUGGGGGCCAUGUUCAGAGGACUCAACAGGGUGGUCCGGCUUCCUCCAUGUCCCCCUCCCCUGUCACUUCCCCUGUCCACAUGGCCGGGCCUGCCCUUGGGAGAAUAGAGGCCUCCCCUCACCGUUCACGCUCCUCCUCCACCUCCUCUGAUCAUGGGAACUUUGCAAUGCCCUCUGGGCACCAGGCCCCAUGCAGCACCAUGAAGGUCCCUCCUCGUUCCCCCAGGUCGGCUAUGGGAUCUCCCAGGCCAGCCAUGCCCUCCAGCCCCUCCACCAACAAAACAGACCCACUUCACCAGUACAAAGACUCCCAGCUCCUGCCUGGGAUGGGAAACUCCAUUGGCACCCAGCAGCACGGCAACCCCAUGUACUCACCCACCUCGUCCUCCUCAUCAUCCUCUUCUCUGGCAACCCCCAGCGCUUCCCAGAAGGGCCACCCAGGACUCCUGGGGAUGCCCCUCAACCAGAUCCUCAACCAACAGAAUGCCGCUUCCUUCCCCGCCAGCAGUCUCUUGUCAGCUGCAGCCAAAGCACAGCUAGCAAAUCAAAACAAACUCAGCGCUGCUGGCAAUAGCACUGCUGGCAUGGCUGGUGGUGGAGUUGGUAUGGCAGGCAUGGGGGCUGGUGGUGGAGGUAAUGGUGGGGGUGGUGGGCACCCUGGCUCCAUGAGUGGCCCUCGAGGCAUGGAGGGACACAGCACUUUAAACCCCAUGCUCCCGCCAAACUCCACCAUGCUGCUCAACACUCCUGAGGGUCAGAGCGGUCGGGCGGCUCUUAGAGACAAGCUCAUGGCCCAGCAGAGGGACCCCAUGCGCAAACGGAAGCAGUCGUCGGGCAGCGCUGCUGUAAACCACGACACAAGUAACAACAUGGUCUACAACAUGCUUAACAAAUCAGGCAUGGGAGGACCACACAUGCCAGGGCCUAGUGCCACUGAGCAGCUGCGAAAAGUGGGCCGACUUGGAAACCUUCCCCCAAACACCUCCAUGGCCCAGCUUCUCCAGUCCAUGAGCAGCCAGAGCUCCCACAACCUGGCUGGAAACAGCCAUCGUCCAGGUCUUAGCCCUGGCCCAGGGCAGGGUCCUCAAGGAGCUGCACAGCUGCACUACAACGACAGCACAGGCAUGGUCCCUGGUGGCCCUCAGCAGAACCUCCUUGCUCAGCAGAGACUGCGGGGUCCAGGAGAUGCCAUGCAGCACUGCCAGAACUUGGACAUCUCUGCGGGCCAUCUGGGCUCUCGUCCAGGCCAAUUCCCUGACAUGAUGGCCCAAAUGCAAGCCUCCUCCAUGAGUAACUGUGGGCCUAUGGGGCCAGGCAGUGGACCAGUGGGCCCUGAUGGCAUGCCGCUGGGACGCUCCAACACUAACCCCCCACCGCUAUCCCAUCCUGGCCCUCAUCCCUCACAGCAGAACCUUCUUCAUGGUAUGGGGCGGACUAACAUGGUGGUGAUGCCACAUGGAGGUGGUGAUGGAAGCUGUACACAGACCAUUUCAGAUACAGGAAACCCUUCGUCCCUCGGCUGUGGUGUGGGAGGCCUGCAGUCACAUGUCAGCACCAGUGGAGGUCAGAUGUACCAGCAGCAGGUCCACCAGGGCAUGCAGCAGGGGGUGGCCUCCCACCCAGGAUACCAGGGCCAGCAGCACUUUUCUGACAACCCACCCUACACAGACAGCAACAUUUCCAACGCUGGCUCCAUGGCCUGCCUCUACCAGAACUACCAGCAGGGGAUGUUGCCACACCAACAGUUCGGGGAGGGGCAGCAGCCCCAGGGAGAGGGGCUUCCAGCGGGUACACCUGGCUCUGACAGGGGCCCCGGUGGAGGCCCAGAGUCGGUGGACGCCAUCUACAGAGCUGUGGUAGACGCCGCCAGCAAGGGCAUGCAUGUUACCAUAACCACCACAGUGAGUGGGACCACACAGGCAAGUCCCGUGCCUGCUCUCAGCGCCAUGAGUGCCUUCACUGCCUCCAUAGGGGAGCCUGUCAACCUCCCCCAAGCAGUAAGUGCAGUCCUGCACGGGCACCAGGAAGGGGAGGUGUUACCCCAGCAAACCAGGCCAAGGCAGGUGAGGCCAGGGCGGGGUCAGAAGAACAUGGAUCCGGGGAAGAGAACUCCAGAUGGUCCUGAGGCCAAUGAAUACUUCCGUUCUCCUGGCCGUGGGACUCCCAGGGGGCAGUGGGACGGGGAGACGCAGCACGGGGGAAGCUUUGACUCUCACAGCAACAACAGCGCCUGGGGUGGCGAGGAGUUUCUGGAGUGUUCUACCCAGGUGAGGAGUAGUCCCUGCAUGGAACGACCCGCCAGCUUGGCACCCGCCCCACCCUGCCCCACUGAGGGGUCCAACGAUCACAGCCUGUCUAUGACCCACGAUAAAGCCUUUCUCGAUGAUGGCUAUCGCUUCAACAACUGCAGCCGGACACCUGCAAACUACAAGGAGCGUCUGGAGCAGACAGUGGAACGCUGCGCCCAUAUCAACGGCGCCACCCCCCACUUCAACACCCGGGGUUACGGAGAGGUUCUGGGCCCUCCACGGCAGGAGCUGACGGGGGACGACCAGUCGCCCAGCUCCUCCACUAGCCUGGAGGGACCCCUGGCCACAGCCAAAGACUACAGCCACUACAACGGCCACUUCAACGGUAUGGCGCCCAGCCCCUCGGACACAAAGAGCCUGAGCAGUGAGGAGGACCUGCGGCAGCCGGACUCUCCCUCCUCAGAGCUGCUUCACUACCGGUCCAGGACCUUCAACAUGGGGGAGCUGGUCUGGGGCCAGCUGAAGGGCUUCCCACCGUGGCCUGCCAAGCUGGCUGGGGACGAACAAGUGCACAGCGCUGCUAUGCAGCUGCGGGAGCAGGCCAAGGUGGAGCCGGAGAAGCUAAAAACACUAACUCACGAUUUGGAAGCACUGGACCGAGCCGCCAAAAGAGGCCUGAAACCAGGGAAACUGAAUAAUCACUUGGAAGCUGCUAUCCACGAGGCCAUGAGUGAGCUGGAUAAGAUGUCAGGCACGAUCCCAUCGAGGGAUCGUCAAGUGAAGCUCCCCAAGCCUAAGAGGAGGAAAAUAUCCAGAUAACAUUGAAUGUGUCGGCCCAAGAACGUCCUCAAAGCCUUGGGAGACUUUGUCCGUUCAGCCUUGAUGCGAUCUGAGCUCUCUAACAGGUGCUACACAUGGACUUUCAGUGGUACAUCGUUGUUCCAUGAUAUCAACUUGACCUAAUGACUGACCACAGAAGGUGCUGGAAAUUCCAAUCACCAAUACAGUUUUAACUGUAGGAAACAAAACAAGAAAAAAAUAGAGAAAAACAUCAAAAUGGUUGCAAUUUGUCUACAGCUCACUGAAUUAACUAUUUUUUUCUAGUAUAAGAUAGUAAAAUAAAAAAAAAAACGCUACAAGCAUUACCUUACAUAUUUAAGAAAAAUAGACAGUCCAAAUAUUUCUGAUACAUUUUCAAUAUGUAUAUAGAUAAUCCUGAAAUUUCAUGCUAUUAAGAAAUGUAUGUAAAUAUUGUACAAUGUCAUGUACAAGCGUACCUAAUGCACAUUUUAUCUUUUAUUGUACAAAAACAAAGCAGAAGAAGUGUACCAAUGUCUUGGUUUCUAUUCAGAAAUGCGGUUGCAUAUGGCCGCAUGCAUAGGAUAAAUAAGAAUACAGCCUAAAGCUUUUAUAUGAUGAACUGUAAGACGUGCUGUUUUUUUUUUUUUUUGUUCUUUUUUUUUUUUGUUUUCUUGUUUUUUUAAGGGAGCAGCAGUGGAACAGGCAUGAGUAUAUAAGUUCUCCAUUACGAAAGCCACUUCACACCAGUUAAGUGUUCAUUUGUAUUGGAAAAAACAAAAAGGACAAAAAAAAAAACAAAACAGAAUGAACUUUACCAGCAGAAAGUGUUCAAUGUUCCCCUAUGCAGGGUGGGAAAUGACCACCGGCCAGACCAAUGUUGGUAAAUAUUCAUCUGGUCCACCAGUAACCAUGACGGGAAAAUCAUGAUAUCUGGAGAUCCAGUUU